AUGGUGCAAAACAAAGUGCAACAAAAGAGUUCCCUCCUUGCCCAACAAGUGAAAAAUAUGACAGCACAAGGCAAUUGCGCCCGUGAGCAGAUGAGAACGGGCUCAAAAAUGUAUCCCAUUAGCUGCAAGUCACGAAUUCCUCAAGUAUGCGCAGUAUCACAAGGAGACGUGGACAAAGGUCUCCUCCCGGCCAGCACCGGAAACACCUGCGGCCUCAUCACCAGCUGCCAGGUGUGA